CAGGAAAAUACAGCGUGUUUUAUAUGUUCGUUCAUGGGUAUUCUUUCAUUUUUCCUACUGUAUAUUAAUUUGCAGUAGUUAUAUUAUUAUAUUGCAAUCAAUAUUUGACUCGAAAACUCAUCGGGAGGCAGACUCAAUAGUGAGCAGUUUAAGAGUUUCAUGGUUUGUAUUACGCGCCAACUUAAGAAAAACUUUAGGUGCAUCAGUAUACCAUCCAAAAUUGAUCUGGGCUUUGAAUUGGAAUUUCCUUGUGACAGGGUAGAGCAGAAGGAAAGAGAUUUUGAUCAAAAAGUAUUAAUCAAAUUAACAAUUUUACGAAGAUGGAGGAUAGAGAGUCACAACACGAAGCAUCUUCUGAAGUGUUUGAAGCAAAUCAGCAAGAAGAGGACAUCGACGCAUCAUUGUUUUGUCCAGAUGUGAUUCUAGAUGAAAGAACUGAUAGCAUCUCCAUAGAUAAGAAUGAACACGUAGAAAACUACAUGGACGCUGAUCCCUUAGAUUAUAAUAUAAUUGGUAUCAAAGCACACUUCCAACUGACUGAUGAAGAAGAAUCUCUAAGACUAAAGAGAUAUAAUAGAGCACCAUACAGUAUCCCUAUCCAAGCUACCAAACUCCACUGCACUUCCUGCAACUGCCAUCUUGGAAGUGCUUUAAAUAAUAUCAAAAAUGUUUACGUCCAUCCGCUUUUAAGCGUCUUAAUUUGCAAAGAAUGCUUCGACUUUUAUACAGUGGGCGACUUUGAGCUGGAUGAAGAUGGCCAAGAAAAAUUCUGCAGGUGGUGCGGUCAAGGUGGAAAACUUUUUUGCUGUAACGAAUGCCCUAGAGGUUUUUGUACGACUUGCGUCCAAUUUAAUUUUUCGUCUACGCGGUACUACCAAAUACGAAACGCUCACUAUUGGAAAUGUUUUAUAUGCAAUCCAUCAUCGAUAAUGCAUCUUAAAGUGAAAUGUUUUCAGUUCGCAAAAUAUGUAUGCAAGGAAUUGACGCGAAUUGAAAACAUACCGAAGAACGACGUUUAUAUGGACAUAGACUAUAGUCCAUGCUGUGCUAGUAGAAGUCCAAAGCGAAAACUCGAAAAAGAUCCAGAUUUUAUACCUGACAAUUACGAUGAGGUCAAAUCAGCGAAGCAAGUUAAGUCUAUCAAAAAACGAGAUGAAUGGGAAACGGGCCAAAUUCCAAAUAAUGAAUAUACACAGAACCUUCGAAAUCUAGGAGAAUCAGUACUAUCGACAUCCUGGUGUCAAGAUAAAGAAGAUCGAAGAAAGGCUCCAUUCUUAGAUAGAAAAGCAGGAAGUGUAUUACCUAUAGCCAAAACAGUCCCUUCCAUUACUUCAUCUACUGUAAAGCUCAACAAGGCACCAACCAUUUUAUUACAAUCAAAAACUGGAAAUGUUAACAUGUUUUUAAAUAUACCCAAGAACAUUGUUUUGCCGUAUACUUCAGGCAAUUUAUAUGCAGUUCCAAAAACAGUUGCUUUAAAACCGACCUUUACUAGUACUAAACCAAUUUUUAUCCAAUCUAAAAUGUCAUCGACACCCUCUACCACCACAAGCAUGCUUCUAGCUUCUACUAAAACUUCCAGUUACCUAACUACAGUUCCAAAAACUGUUUUCACAGUUCCAAAAACUGUUUUCACAGUUCCAAAAACUGUUUUCACAGCUCCGAAAACUGUUUUAAAAAAUAAUUUUGUCGUCACUAAACCUACUAUUCCUGUUACUAAAUCUACUAUUACCAGUAUUACUGUUCCAUCCAAAAACCAAAGUGCACCCUUACAUUUUGCUAAAUUACCCCUAUUUACUCCUAUAAGCGAUUAUCCAUGGAUUCCACUUUCCAAUGAUGCUAUUAAUGAAAAUGGUUCCGUUUUGAAAUACACCAAUCAACAACAGAAUAUUACAGUACCCGAUAAGAUGAGGGACUUCAGAUUUUCUGAAAUGGCAAACAGUAAUAAACAAUCAUUGAUGAUAACUGCAUUGGCUAAUUCGACAUACGGUUCAUCCCUAUUGACUAUAAUGCUAAACCAAACAAGGGUAGAGAAAGAUGAGAAAAAGACGUAUAGAGCAUUAAGUACCUGUCUGCAGACAUUAAUAAACUCUUUGACACUCAUCGAAGGAAGGAUGAAAAUAAAACAGUAAACACGUUUAUGGUUGAUAACGUGAAGAAUGGAUCCAAAUAUGUAUCUUUGUUGACUUGUUUUCUUGCAGGCUUGUGCGUUAAUUUAAUUGUUAAUUUUGAAUAAAUUUAAUUUAAUAACCA